AUGCAUUUCCUCCGAGAGAUUCAACUGCUGCUAUGCCUGGUGGCACCUCAAAUCGUCGCAUCGAUUUCCUCUUCGCCUCUUUCAACCUCUGGUCGAUGGAUCGUCGAUUCGAAUGGCGACAAUGUCACGUAUGCUGGAGUCAACUGGCCUGGCGCUGCUGAUGCCAUGCUGCCGGAGGGACUGCAGUACCAGUCGAUUGAGUAUAUUGUCAACAAGAUCAAGAGCCUAGGAAUGAAUUCCAUCCGUCUCACGUUUGCCAUUGAGAUGAUUGACGACAUCAUCGACGGAGGAGCAGAUGUUUCCAUCAAAAACUCUCUGACCAAGGCUUUGGGCGAGGAUAAUGGCACCACGAUCUACCGGGAUAUCAUCAAGAACAACCCUCAGUUUGGAGCAAACACCACUCGAUUGCAGGUGUUCGAUGCCGUUGCCGACGAAUGCUAUAAGCAAGGAAUUUACGUGCAUUUGGACAACCAUGUCUCCAAGGCGAUCUGGUGCUGCUCCACCACCGACGGCAAUACGUGGUUUGGAGACAAAUAUUUCAACGUGUCCAACUGGCAUAGAGCAUGGCAGUACAUGGCUAAACACGUCAAGUCCCUGCCGGCCGUCAAGAGUAUCGGUAUGCGAAACGAACUGCGCAGCCCAGACGAUGAUUCAACGUUAAAGGACAGCUACAACUGGCAGAACUGGUAUGAGAACAUGGUGGAAAACGCCAACCAAGUCCACGAAGCCAACCCAGACCUUUUGAUCUUCUUUUCUGGUCUCGAUUACGACACCACGCUCAGCCCGAUUCCCACUGCGGCAGACCUGGGCAAUGGCACUGCUUUCAAGAAGGACGACUUUAGCUUCGCGGACAAGAUUGUGCUGGAACUCCACAACUAUGACAGUUCGACUGGCAGCUGCGAUGGCCUCUCCUCUAGCCUGUGGAGCAAGGGGUACAACGCCCUGGAUGCAUCGAACUCGAGCAUAACAAAUGUCCUGCCAGUUGUGAUGACGGAAUUUGGCUUCACCCAAGACAGCAGCACGUACAACGGGGUGUAUGCCUCUUGCUUGAGAGAAUGGCUGCCCACUAUGCAUGCCGGAUGGAUGGUUUGGGUGAUUGCUGGCAGCUACUAUAUCCGAGAAGGCGUGCAGGAUCCAGACGAGACCUGGGGACUGCUGGACCACACUUGGUCCGAUUGGCGAUCAUCGGAAUCCAUCGAAAAGGGGUUCAAACCGAUGGUUCAAUCGACACUGGGUUAGGAUACAGACAUUUUACAACUUGUAUUUAUAUCAGGUAAUUUUCUGCUCAGAACUAAGAUAUCUGUGAUUACGGCAUGGUAGAUGUUGGAAAGGUACUAGGGUGGUAUCAUUGAAGACGUAUCCUGCUAUGUAAUCAAAGAUAAGAUUGCCAUUUUAUACUUUCACAGAUUUCUUCCCACUCUCAACCGGUGCUUCCAUCUCAAAUACCGCUUGCCUUGGUGACGAUGAGAGUUCAUGGACGGCAUUUUCCGGUGAUGCCUCCAGCUCCAGGAUGGGAUUGUCCCACGGGGUUUCCAUCCCAAAAACGGAAGGUCCAGCGCCUUCACCGUUGUUCCAAGUCGAUCCGACUGAUGGGUCCUUUUGGAAAGUACUCGACCGGGAGGAUGAAGUGUUGUUCGUCCCUCGCCGACGCUGC